UGAGAAGGAAGAGAAAGUAAAGCUAGUGGUGAGUGUCAAUGUGGGAACGUGGAAUUAUUUUGGGCUGUCCGUGUUGAUUUGGGCAUUCGCAUACAAGGUGAUACCAAUUUGCUAAACACGCAAUAAGAGAUCACGGUGGAUUAGUUUGUUGAUCUGUGGCUCUGUGGCACUAGCAAGUGACAAGAUACCUCUGUGAGGAGAAUUGCAAUUUCCUGGUCCGGCGAUUGGCGUUGUACGUGCAGAAAUCCCUCUUCGUCCAUUGUCUCACCAAACUCCUGCCUUUUUGCUUCUCCCCAUCUCUCUCUCGUGGACUCUCCAACACAAGCCACACACGGCAAAGAAACAUUCCUUUUCAACCAGCCGACAACACACACACACACACGCGCGCGCCCCGUUUUGCCGAGAGGCCCAAACUAAUUGCGUCUUUUGCGGAGAUCUCGUGGGCAGUCAGGGGGAUGGACAAGGUGAUGCUGGACCGGAAGAUGGAUGUGGAGGCUCUGCAUGAGGACGUGGAUGGGGUGAGUGAGGAUGAGCCGGUGUCUGAGGGCGCUGCAGCCAUUAAGGAGGAGCUGAUGAAGAAACCGGCACCUGCGGACGGGGAGCGCCUCAAGCGGAAGGCGAAGCGCCUGGUGAAGCACAACAGUGGGGAUCGUGCCCCCACGAAUGCCAUGGAUUUCGUUGUGCCGCACCGCCGGUGGAAGAAUAGCCGCCGCUCCCGGAAUGGACGUGGCCGGGGAUUGCCGAAGAAAGGUGGUGCCGGUGGCAAGGGGGUGUGGGGCCUUCCGGGCUCGGAGAUCCUCGAGGAGGACUACGAGGAUCACAAUGAUCCCAACUACGACAGUGACGACAAGAACAUUGAGCUGAAGGAGGUGAUUCCGGACAUUACGCCCGAGGAGUACUACAAGCGCGUCGAGCCCAUCUUCCUCGAGUACUACGAGCACGGGGACACCCUGGAGGUGGCGCAGAGCUUGUACGAGGAGACAACGGACCCCCUGCGACCCCUCAUUACGUCCAUUGCCAUUGAGAUUGCCAUGGAUCACAAGCCAUCGCAUCGGGAGAUGACUUCUGUCCUCAUAUCCGAUCUCUACUGGCGCGUCGUGUCAAGCCGUGACAUCUCCCUUGGCUUCGACAUGCUCCUCAAGAACUUACCCGAUCUCAUUCUCGACACCCCGGAAGCUCCGACGAUUCUCGGCAACUUCAUCGCACGUGCCGUAGCGGAUGACUGCAUCCCACCGCGCUACGUGACCAAUCCGGAGGUGGAGGAGCUCAAUGAGCACGCCAUUACGGCACUCAAACGUGCCGAUACGUUGCUGAGCAUGAAAAAGGGCUGGGCCCACCUUGACAAUGUCUGGGGACUCGGUGGACCCUUGCGCCCCGUGAAUAUUAUUACGAAGCAAAUGACGCUCCUUCUGCAGGAGUACAUGUCCUCCAGGGACAUCAAGGAGGCUCACAGGUGUAUCCUAACCCUCGAAGUUCCUCACUUCCAUCAUGAGCUCGUCUAUGAAGCCGUUGUAAUGGCCCUGGAGUCCAUCAAUCAAUCAACGGAGGAGGCUCUUUGUGCCCUACUGAAGAGUCUCGAUGAUGCGUGCAUUGUGUCCCCAUUGAUGAUGGAACAGGGCUUCCAGCGUGUCUUUGACGACAUGACAGACAUUGUUCUCGACGUGCCAUUGGCGUACAUAAUGCUGGAUCGCUUCAUUGAGCGGUGCAGCCGUGCUGGUUUCUUGUCUGAUAAGACUAUCAGGAAUAUGCCGUCCAGAGGACGCAAACGCUUUGUGUCUGAAGGCGAUGGGGGUCAAUUUAAGUCCCCAACUCCAUCAUUUGCUCGUGACAACUAAAAGAAAAAAAAAGAGAGAGGGAGAGCAGCAUAGUUUGACUCACACACAGUUGGAGAAAAUGGAAGAGAAGAUUCCUUUUUUUCUUCUUCCUUUUUCCCCCACAGGAUAUGACGGAUGGCUGAUGGUAAAAUGGAUUAAGUACUUGCUACCUGAUUAUAAAAAAAAAAAACAACAUUGAAAGUCGCGCCCCCAGUUAAUACAUAACAACAUUAUAUACUAUUUCUUAUAUAAGAGGAAACAACUUACAAAUUAAGAAAUCACUUUUAACAAGAUUUUUCAUUCUCUCUUUUCCUCCAUUUUUUUGGUUUUAUUUGUAAGAGCAUUUAUUCAUUUAUGAAUGAAAAUGAAAUUUAAUCGUAAUUUGUAUUUUCUUUUUAAUGGAAUUUAUAUCUAUCAAAUGAAUUAACUACAUUUUGCUUUUUUGAAAAAAAGAAGAAAAAAAAUAAGAGAAAAGAAAUAUUCCAGACUUGGCCUUUUUUUCUCAAAUUUACUUAAAUAGUUUGUAAUUUUCUUUGCUUGAUUUACUUCUUUACUUUUCUUUUCAAUAAUACUGUAAGUAAUAUACAUAUUAUAAUAGAAUUAAAACGCAGUCUUGCAUUUCAUUAAGAAGAAGAUGAAGAAGAAAGUAAAAUAUAUUUCCGUUGAAGUUAUUCAUUAGAAAUACUCCUCAAAAAAAAUUUAAAAAAAAAAAUUAAUGAAAAAACUCUUGAAUUCAUGAGCAUCUCUUUGAUAUAUUUUAUAAAUUUGAGUCAAAAGGUGUUUAAUAAAAAAAAAAAACUUAUUUUGAAGAUGAUGAAGAAUUGGAAAAUGAUCGCAAACAAUGAAGAGACGAAAAAAUCAUUUACAAUUUCUAAAGAAAAAAAAAAGAGAAAUAAAGUGUUGAGUAGAUAAA